GCUUCUGUGGACUGGAAAGCGCCAUACAGGAUCUAUUUGCGGACUUGCCAGGGGCAACGGUGACAGUCGUCCACGGCUUGGCAAAAGCUGCUGAGGUCCUGAUGGUGGCGCAAGGAGACCCGCACUCCCCCAUACAUGACGGGCCAACCGUGUUUUUUCGGCGGCAAGCACAUCCCCCGCCGGCUGGCGAGAGUGCCAUCACCAGGCUCACUGUUUCCAGACAGCGGUGCUUCGAAAUUCUGUCGGCGGGUUUUUUUGGCAUUUUACGGCGUGAUUGGUACAGCAGGCAGGCCCAGGGCUUCGACUUGCCCGGCUUCGAUUUUCAGAAGCUUUGGUGCUUCGACUGUAGUCGGUGGGACGGCAAGAACUUUGUCCUCAUGGCAGUCAUCCUCUAUUUUGCUCAGAUGGCCCAACAGAGCAAAGAGUUCAUGUACGAAACCCUGGCCCUCAAGAGAAAGGCGACAGGCACGCCUCGAGUCGGUGAUGAAGUUUUCUGUCCAGUAGAAAUGCAGGAGGAUGGUGUGUCCAUAUUUGGUUUCGACAGCCCACAACAUCUUCAGGCAGAUUUUGCCAACCAAUACCUGGGUGGUGGAGUUCUGAGUGGAGGCGGAACGCAGGAGGAGUGCAUGUUCGUGGAGUUCCCCGAGCUGCUAGCGACGAUCUAUCUGGUGGAGAGGAUGAUGCCACAUGAAGCUGUGGAGAUGGUAGGUGCCAGGAAAUACAUCGAGCACAACAUGGGCGGCGCACGGCAUUUGAAGAGACUGGAUCAGUUCUGUCGCCUUGCGCCUACCAUUGGACCGCCGACUGUGGCUGUAGCUUUGGAUGCCUUGAGCUAUCGGAAAAGGCCAGGACAUUUCCAGUAUGGCGCAGAGCAAAUACAACGAGAAGUUCAGAAGUGUUGUGCAGCGCUGGUUCCGGAAGACGACACCAGCAGCAGGAGUUUCGUGACGGGUCUUUGGGGCUGCGGGGCUUUCGGCGGUGACAUGGAGCUGAAGUUUGUCAUCCAGUGGAUCAGCUGUUCUCUGACGCCAUCCGUCGAAAACAUGGUGUUUUGCCCUUUCGACCAGCACAAGAAUCUCGCCGCGGCUGGCUUAUUAGAUCUGCUGUCUGCUCUUACGGGGAAAGUCAGCGUGAAGACUGUUCUUGACUUGCUUGUAGACGCCGAAUAUCAGUCUUCAAACAACACGUUCCGCUACUUGCUAGACAAGCUCAAGCAGCGGAAUUUGUUGGCUUGA